AUGACGCUGGGCCAUCUGUCCAUCCCUCCCUCCAUUCACAUCACCUUCCAAGCCCACCUCCGGGACCACCCCGACCUGCCGCGGUGGCUGCGGUACAUCCAACGUGACCCCCACCAGCCAGCCUACCUCUACGGUUGCCCCACAGCCACCGAGGUGGGCACCCACACCAUUGAGGUGCUGGCAUACAACCGGCACACCUACGAGACGGUGGCACAGCGCCUCGUCAUCACCGUCGUCCCCGCUCCAGGUGGGGACCCGCCGUACCAGGGCGAGUUCCUGGUGGGGAACAGGAACGUGGAGGAGCUGCUGCCGGCGGCCGCGCAGGAGAUCUUCCUCCAGGCCACGGCCGGCGUCUGGGCUCAGGAUGACCUCCAUGUCAUCAACAUCACCUCCGCUCUGGACCGGGGCGGCCGCGUCCCGCUGCCCAUCGAGGGGCGCAAGGAGGGAGUGUACGUGAAGGUGGGCUCCCACGGCACCUUCUCGCCGUGCCUGGCGUCGGCCGCCUCACCGCAGAGCCGCUUCCGCUGCAGCCUGGGCCAGCAGCCCCUCGCCUCCUGCUACGACACCUUCGCCCCCCAUUUCACCAUCCGCUGGUGCAACCUCACCCUGGUUUGGCCCAGCCCCACGGCUUCGGGGCCGGUGUGGGGUUCAGGGGUGCUGGAGGAAGAUGGGGAUUUCCAGCCCCCCACCGAUGCCCCCCCCCAGGACCUGCUGCCCGGGUUCCUGGUGACGCUGCUGGUGCCACUGGCGGUGGCCGUGCUGCUCUGCCUGCUCCUGGGCCACCUCAUGUGCUGCCGCAGGGAGGGAGUGCAAAAACGGGACUCGGAGACAUCUGACAUCCAGCUGGUCCACCACACCACCAUCCACGGUGACACGGAGGAGCUGAGGCACAUGGCCAGCAGCCGGGAUGUCCCCCGGCCCCUUUCCACCCUUCCCAUGUUCAACGUCCGCACGGGUCAACGCAUCAACCCCAUGCCCAGUCCUCCGGAUGGUGCCCGCGUCCCCCUCCUCCCGCAGUGA